AUGCGUUACAAGGCUGGACUCGUCGCGAAAGGGUUCAAGCAAAAGUUUGGUGUGGACUUCUUUGAGACGAACUCGCCCGUCGCAAACAUGAAUUUUAUCAGGGUUGUGCUGUUCGUUAUUGUUGCGAAAGAUUACGUUACGGAGCAGCUGGAUGUCGACACAGCGUUUUUGAACAGCGAUUUGAGAGAACAAGUGUUCAUGGAGGUACCUCACGGUACAGCAAAUUCGACGAAUAUGAUGUUCAAAGCGAUCUACGGUCUAAAGCAAGCAGCAAGUGCGUGGAACAAGACUAUUUAUGCGGUGUUCCUGCGCAUAGGUUUUAAAAGCAGUGGAGCGUAUCAGUGCGUCUACAUCAAGGUCAAGGAUGGAUAUUACGUUUACGUGUGCCUUUAUGUCGACGAUAUGAUAAUCGCUCCAGGACGUGAAAGUAGCUCUUAA